AUGCCCCCAAAGUUGUCAGCCGCUGUUGCCCAGCCGAGCGGCCAAGGCCGAUCCGAGGAACAAGCAAUUCCAAGAAAUUCCAAGCAAUUACAAGCAAUCCACCACGCCGGUACUUUACCGAACUCCAGGCACUUCCCAUCUUCGUCUGACCACCGGAUACUCUCUCCUUCAACCCACUCCCAUCUCCAGCGCCGUUACAGCGACUCGCCGACUCCUGCUCAAGCAAGCUUUGGUGUCGACAGCCGCCAACAUGCUCGACGCUUACACUUACUAAAGGUGCCAUCGGCACCAUCUUUGCCCUCCUUGAGGCCCUUCAACGUGUGCCAUGUCUCGUCACGGUCCGUGACUUACAGACAGGCCAUGAUCCUCUGUGUUAUUUUCGAGUUGACCGGCGCUCUGGCCGUCGGCGCAAGAACCGCCUCAACCAUCAAGAACGGCAUCAUUCCCAGCGAGGCCUUUGGCGAUAACGCUGGCGUUCAGCUGCUCGCCUUUGCCUGCUCCUCUGCCGGUGCCGCCACCUGGGUCAUGUGGUGCACGCGUAACUCGGCCCACGUUUCCUCGACCUACUCGCUCGUUUCUUCCAUCGCCGGUGUUGGCGUCGCUGCCGUUGGCGCCAGCAACGUACAAUGGGGUUGGGCUAAGGGCACCGGCCUCGGUGCCAUUUUUGCCGGCCUCUGCAUGGCUCCCUUCAUUUCCGCUUGCUUCGGUGGUAUCAUCUUCAUGCUCAUCAAGCUCCUGGUCCACAUGCGCCGGAACCCUGUGCCGUGGGCCGUCUACAGCUCGCCCCUCUUUUUCCUCAUCGCCGGCACCGUCUGCACACUCUCCAUCGUCUACAAGGGCUCGCCCAACCUGGGUCUUGACAAGAAGCCCGCGUGGUACAUUGCCUCGGUUUCGCUUGGCGUCGGCUUCGGCCUCUUCUUCCUGGCUGCCCUGUUCUUCGUACCCUUCGUCCACGCCAAGGUCGUCAAGAAGGACUACACCCUGAAGCUGUGGAUGAUCGUCCAGGGUCCUCUUCUCUUCAAGCGUCCCCCCCCGGCCGACGCCGAUAUGGUCGAGGCCAAGGUUCCCAAUUACGCCGUCAUUCAGGAGUCCAACGAUUCCGACUCGGACCGCGCCGAGAAGAAGGGCCAUGCCGACGACAUCAAGGCCGUCCCCGCCGUCUCUUCGGCCGGCUCGGAUAGCGAGAAGGCCGCCGCUCCCUCCAUCGAAUACACCUACGAGCAAUACCAGCAGCUGCUCAAGGAUGCCGAAGAGCGCCACAACGCCAACCUGCGCAAGAGCCGCGGCCCCCUCGGCUGGGCCAUGCGCACGCUCCACAAGAAUCAGCUCGGUGCCGGCUCCAUCCACGAGACCCACAACCUGAUCGCCCUCGUCAAGCGCGUCCCGGCCCAGAUCGUCGUCGCCCUGUUCUACGGCAUGCACUACGACAUCCACACCGCCCAGGUCGGCAUCCACAACUCGCCCGAGGGCCGCCGCAUGGAGCGCGUCUACAGCCACGCACCUAAGUACCCCAACGAGGUCGAGCAUCUCUACUCGUACGUCCAGGUCAUCACCGCCUGUUUCCUGCUUUCUUCGAAAGUAUUGAUUUGGGAGACCGAAGUCGGGAACGCAAUUGGUGUCUGGGCCGGUAUGUACGCCGCUUGGUCCACGGGUAAGCCUAGCGCCUCCAAGGCGGACGUCCCCAUGUGGCAGCUGGGUAUCACCGCCGCGAUGAUCUGCAUUGGUUUUAUUACGUAUGGUUACAACAUUUUGAGGGUCAUGGGCAACAAGCUCACCUACCACUCGCCAAGCCGUGGCUCGUCCAUGGAGCUGGGCGCCGCCAUCACCAUCCUCAUCUUCUCGCAGUACGCGCUCCCCGUGUCGACCUCCAUGUGCAUCACGGGCGCCACCGUCGGCGUCGGCCUCUGCAACGGCACCUUCAAGGCCGUCAACUGGAAACGUGUCGGCCUCCUCUUCUUCUCCUGGGUCAUGACCAUCCCCAUUGCCGGUCUCAUUGGCGGCUGCCUCAUGGCCCUGGCUGUUAACACUCCUCACUGCUCGAAAAGUAUGGAGGGUUUCCAACAGACAAACGCUAUGGUUCAGCCGCCAUACGCCCUUGCGGCUGGUGGUCGGCUUUCCGUGUGGGGCAUCAUGAACAACUUUUACUAUUCCUACAAAGACCGACAAGAAGCCUUCCGCCCUGGGCUGGAGGGUGGAAAUACAUGA